UGGUGGAGGCAGAGCUGCAGUGCGGACAAACGGGCUGGUGCCGGAGGUCCAUACCGCCACACACCGCCCUGAACGCCCGCAUGGGUCAACCUCUGCCAGCGCUGCUGGUUCUGGCUUUUCUUGUGAUUAGUCUUUCGGAUCCGGGCCAGCAGGAGGAAGGAACCACUCCUCAUCCUCCUCCAUCCUCUCCUCCUCCUCCCCCGUGCUCCUCUUCCCCCUCAGCAUCAUCGUCAGCCGCAGCAUCAGAUGAGUGCGGGAUGGCAGUGGGGCUCCGAAAAUAGAACCUUCGGUUUCCUUUUGGACUCGGUUUGUUCUGGACUUGUAGCGGGACGCCUGGUUUUAGGACGGGCCCGGUCCGGGUUGACAUCCCUGUCUGAGGAGACAUAAAUGGUGAUUUAGUCUUGUGGGAGUCCGAGGCCCAGACCUCGACCCCUUCUUAGAGGAACGGUGGGUUUUCUGGACCAGAACGUUUUGUGCCGAAGUAAAAUCCCAGAUGAAGAUUCCCAAAAGGCGGAAAAGGAGCGGACGGUGUGCCAGAUAAAUGGCUCUUUUAAGCUUGGAGCUGCUCGAGUUCUGGCUAGUUGGCAGAUGCAGUGCCUAGUCCCCGGCCUCCAGGACAACGGCAACAUGAACGGGACGUCCGAGCAGGCUGACAUCCUGCCGCCAAACUGUAUGGUCAAGGACCGAUGGAAAGUGCUGAAGAAGAUUGGGGGGGGUGGGUUUGGGGAGAUCUAUGAGGCCUUGGACCUACUGACACGGGAGAAUGUGGCGUUAAAGGUGGAGUCAGCCCAGCAGCCCAAGCAGGUGCUGAAGAUGGAGGUGGCUGUUCUUAAGAAGCUGCAGGGUAAAAACCACGUCUGUAAGUUUAUUGGUUGUGGAAGAAAUGACAAAUUUAACUACGUGGUGAUGCAGCUUCAGGGUCGUAACCUGGCCGAUUUGCGAAGGAGUCAACCCAGAGGAACCUUUACCAUGAGCACCACCCUGCGACUCGGCAAGCAGAUCCUGGAGUCCAUCGAAGCCAUCCACUCAGUGGGAUUCCUGCACCGCGACAUCAAACCGUCGAACUUUGCGAUGGGCCGGCUCCCCUCCACUUACAGAAAGUGCUACAUGCUGGACUUUGGUCUGGCGCGUCAAUACACCAACACCUCUGGAGAAGUUCGACCGCCGAGGACUGUGGCAGGUUUCAGGGGAACGGUCCGGUAUGCUUCAGUUAACGCCCAUAAGAACAAGGAAAUGGGUCGCCAUGAUGACCUGUGGUCCUUGUUUUACAUGCUGGUGGAGUUUGCUGUUGGACAGCUACCGUGGCGGAAAAUCAAAGACAAGGAACAAGUCGGUCAGAUUAAGGAGCGUUAUGACCACAGGAUGCUGCUCAAACACAUGCCUUCCGAAUUCAAUAUUUUCCUGGACCACGUCCAGGCCUUGGAUUACUACACCAAACCAGACUACCAGUUGUUGAUGUCAGUAUUUGAGAACAGCAUGAAGGAGCGAAUCAUAACUGAGAAUGAGCCCUUCGAUUGGGAAAAGGCAGGAAGUGAUGCCACGCUGUCAACCAGUGCCUCCACUCAACCACAGCACAAUACCCGACCCACUGCCGCCAUAGUGGGAGCCAUUGUGACGCCGGUUCCUGGAGAUCCUCAGAGAGAAAACACAGAAGACGGUUUGCGGGAUGAACAUUUUAGCGAUCAGGAGAAUGCUCCUCCUCCGCCGCCAAUCCGGCCUCCAGCAGAGACGACUACGCAGCAGAAUGCUGGAGAGCCGGGAGAGGCCUGGGAAGACACAGACUUUAAUCGCAACAGACUCAGGAUCAGCCUUAACAAGGGGGCUGAGGAAGAUGAAGCGGGUCGGGGGGCCUGUCCAGUGUCACCAGUUCGAGGGGGAGGCCCGGAGUCACCGACAGGUCAGGGUCGGUCUUUACGAUACCGCCAGGUCAAUAGCCCAGAAUCUGACCGCCUAUCUGCUGCUGAAGGCAGAGUGGAUGGCUACGGACAGAGGUCUAGGAUGGACAUGCUGGGCUCUCCUUCUCGCCAUGUUUACUCCUCUCAGCCAGCUCAGAUGCUCUCUGUUGACCCCGGUUGCCGCGGAGAUCGUCAGGCCAGCGGGCGCCAAGAGGUGUCAGUGGCUUCUGUUGACCAGGAGGCGCACAGUAACGCUUUUAUACGCUCCGUCCCUCUGGCCGAGGAGGAGGACUUUGACAGCAAAGAGUGGGUGAUCAUUGACAAAGAGGCUGAGCUGCGGGACUUCCAUCCCACCACGUCAGGAACGACUGAUGAAGAGCCCGAGGAGCUCCGCCCUCUGGAGGAGCAGGAGGAGAGGAGAAGGCUCAGGGCUGGAGGAGGGGAGUUGGUGGUUCGUCCCAAAACUAACACCCGCGACAGCAGCCGCGGGAUGCUUACGCUGACGGAAGAGGAGGCGUCAAGAAGAAGUGGUGAAAGCCCCGCACAGUCACCGUGCCACUCGCUGCCGUCGGGACGCCCUCGCAGGAGAGAGUCAGAGCCUACUGGACCUCAGAAACCGUUGGAGGAGGACAGACACCAACCACGGCCCAAUCAACUGAGGAGGCUGGCCUCCUACGUCUUCUCCUCCUCCACCCUGGAGACAGAGCAGUACCCCCAUGCAGGAGGCAGCUUCAUCCAGAGGAGCCGCUCAGCUGAGAGCAGCCCGGCCCAUGCCACCUCUGCCACUGCCUCAGCACGGCGCCGGCACGCUGGCACUCUGCCGAUGCCCGGUAGUCCCCGGAGCAGGCAUUCAGUCCUGAACGUGUCAAGGUCUCAGCUGCAGCAGAUGUUAGCCAAGCUCAUGAACAAAAACAGCAGCUGAAAGGACUGAGAGAUGGACUCAUAACACACACGCGUAUAUAUACAAGUAACAUACACAGGCACAGAUGUGUACAGUCAUAGAUACAGAGACGAACAUAGCACAUAAACACACAGAAGUGCAGGACUGGUCUGAGAAAUUCUCUGGCCUGGGGCAGAAUUUAACCCCCCACCCUCACAACUACAUUUUCAAGGGAAGCACUGAAAGAAAAACUAACAUUUGACUGUAAAGCAAGAAAUUCCAAAAUACAUGUUUAAUUUAGCCUAUUUACAGCAAAAUAAACUUGUUUCAUUUUUUUUAUUUGUCUUUAAUUUCAAAGAACCGCUAACGGAUGUUUUGGCAUGGACCAAAAUUAGAUUCUGAUGAUUGUAAAACUAUAAAACAAAAACCUGCAACAUGAUCGAGCUUUUAAUUUAAAACAGAAACAAAAAUUUCUAACACUGCUACAAUUAUAAAACAUAUUGAAUAUUAAAAGUGGUAUUAUCUGAAACAUUCAGUAAUUAUUUUAGGUUCUGAUUAUUAGCAAAAUAUUGUGUAAACCUCAGCUAAGUUUAGUAGUGGUUUUUUGAGUAGAAUUUCAUACUUUGCUGUUCUGAUCAUUAUAAGCUAACGCUGGUAUAACUAGCUGAUAUUAGCUGGUUAGUUAGAGUAAUGUGUAGUGCUCCUUUAGUUUUUACACCAUGGCUGCAUUUGCCAACCUGAAAUUGUCCCUAAAAACUGAAUUUGUUUUCAUGUAAGUGAUCAAAAAAAUGACAUUAGUAUUCUUUCAGGAAGAUAACCUGCAGUGCAGAGCAACAUGUGGGGGAGGGGUGGCUCUGCCUUACUCUGUGCUGCACACAGCCCGAGAAAACACUGCUUAAUUUGGCACCUUCUCUGGCUUCUCGUUUAAAGGAAGUUAAUCUGUAAGAACUGUAUGACACGAAAUAUUAUCAGGUUUGAAUCUGUAAGUUUUACACAGGCUUCACCUGGCCAGCUCUGUAUCUACAGAUAUGAAUGUGCACAUUGACAUAACAAACCAAUACAAACACAGCACAUUGAAAGCUAGAUCAUACAAGCCAUAUCACACGCAGCAAUACCGCUGUGUUAAUAAACACGCAGAUUCAUACAUCCACACAGACGUAGCUCUAGAAACUGUUUUUUUGAAGAGAAGGAUCAAAGGAAGAUGAGAAGAGUCUAGAAGACUGAGAAUAUUUUUCAUGCAAUAAACUCCAGAAGCCACUCAGCAAAGCCAAUGUUGCACACGCCACAGACCUGGCAGGCGGGUGGAAACAAUGUGAAACUGAAGACUUCCCGUUUUGUGAAGAAGAGGUUUGAAACCCAGUGGGGCUGCUAAGAGACUGUUAAGCUUUACAGUUGUUGCGCAUUUUAGAAUUUUUUUAUGCUGUCAUCUUUUUCGGCUAGAACAGAGGAGCGAUCGUAGAGGUAUGCAGGUCGUCCCAGCGAUCAAGCUUUUGCACGAAGACUUUGGAGUCCAACCAUCCCGCUCACAGAGCAAUACUCUGCUGCUGCUUCACAUCAUGUCUUUACCUGCACUAGUAAUCCAAGUGUCUCGUCCUGACUCCUGCCUCAUUAAAUGUUGUAUGUGAAAACUGUUUCGGAAAAGUCUGUCUGAAGGUGUAAGAAGUGAUUUCUUAGACAGAAGCUGGAAGUAAAGUAGAACCAUAGGGCCCUAACAUCCAAAAAUGUCACAUAAAGCAAAACGAACAUGGCACUCUUAUAAACAACUAAUUAGGAAAGAAGAAUUCACACACUGGCAUUUAAUAUAGUUCAAAAAGUACAAAAUAAAUUUUUUUUCAUGAAAAAAACAACUCAUAACUUAUGCAACUUGACAAAAAAAAAUUAAUAGUGAAAAUACAUAUAAGAAAUCCAGAACAAUGAGUAAACACCAUUCUAAUAGGCCUAAUGCAUAACACAACAAAGUCUCAUGGUUUUUUGCAAAAGCAAUUAAAAAAUAAAUAUAAAUAUAAACCACAGAUUAGUCUAUUAGUAAGUGUUGUACUUGCCAAUUAUAAACUGAUUUAUUAGUUUGCUUUGUGAUUCUCAAAAACAUUUUGCAUUUGAAUUCUUUCUAUUUGAAACGUUUUACUGGGCUGUGGAAGCAGGCUGUAUGGGUCCGAGGUCGGCCCACACACAGUCAACAGAGAGCAGGCUGUGUUUGAAUACAGCUGAUCUGAAUGCGCGUUUGGUGAACUAUUUAUUUCACAUGUGACCUUUAUGGUUCUAAGGGGGCAGUGUCAGAGGUUUGUGCUGUUUAUUUUACUGUAGUUAAACAGACGUGCGCUGUAACAGUUUCCUUUUCCUGAUUGAAUGGCACUUUGAAUGUUACAUCUGUUGUUUGAGAGGUUGUGUGUUUGACAGAUAUUUGAGGAAUUUUGUCAGUUUUUUCCAUCCCUAAAAUGCUCAUGAUUAAAAUGCAAACAUGCUUAUCAUACCUAUACAAAUGCAGACAUUUUGAUAUGUGUCAUCGUCGGUUUAAUGAGCCUUUCGUUCCUCUGUGGAUCAUUUAAGUCAAAGAAAAUGUUCCUAAAGAUGCAAGUUUCAGGCAUCCUGUGAUGUAUAUUUUAGAAGCCCUUUCUACUGUGAAAGAUCCUUCAAGAACUGUUACUAAAGUCCAACUUGAUCUCUUUUUUA